AUAAUAUACACGAUUGCAAAAAAAAAAAAAAAGUCCCAAUGCCUGACUGGAGGCACACUGGUUGUAAAACACUGCUCUACAAGUUUCACCAAGCAGCUUCCUCUGGGGUCCGGUUUGGUCAGUGCCUGCUUAAUUCUACAUGUACAUGGUACAAUUUCCCGCGAUCUUAUCAUUUGUGUUUACUGUAUAUAUGUUCACGAAUCGUGAGGUUAUGUUGUAUACACUGUAAACAUAUAGCAAGGUGGAGAUGUGAAGCUGUUCCCGAUCUUGUAUAAACUGAAAUUUGGAAAGAAAGAACAGGGAUGUUCUGACUUGUCUUAGGGUGUAGUAUGGGCGUAUGUAAGAAUCGAGAGCUCUUCUCUCUACAUUAGUAAGGCUUUGGUUGAGGAAAUCUUGGCACACGUUCAGUACCUUUAUAUUUCCCCCCUCCCACACGUAAAUGCCUUCAUUCCCUCCAGAGACCGGAAUAGACUGGGCUGACUGUAUGCUGGUGGUAUUCAAAAGUUUAGCCACUCCUAUGUGACAUGAACACGCUUCUCCCUGCAAGGAAAUCACAUGUGUAUGGCAGACCUAUAUCCUCAUAUAGUCUGUAUUUCUGCUACAGUUUAUCACACUUCUGCGCCAGGAUAUCGGUUUAAAUCUCCCAGCAACUACUUUGCCCGAGACUACAGCGAUCAGGUUUCAGAUUUGGCAAAAGUCCCAUAGACUUGCAUAGGACUUCUAUCAAAAAACGUUAUCCGGAAGUCUUGCCAGAAGAUUUAAACGGGUAUCCUGCUGCCGGAGCGUGAUCGAAGUUAUGCUGUAACUAUGGGGAAUAUUAAGCUGUCAUAUCACAAACCAGACCUAUGGGUCCGUCACCCCCCGGGGAGGGAAUGAUGGAUACAUCAUUAACGGAACAUCUGUCGCUUUCUGAGCAAGAUUGUCUGGAGACAUAACAUCCAUCUCCCGAGGCGGUAUCCAUGUUUAGAACAUAUGUUCUUGGCCGUCGAGGGGUCACCAAAUGUGACAGAAACGAGUUCCAAUGUGAUGACGGGAAAUGCAUCCCAUACAAGUGGGUCUGUGACGGCACUGAGGAGUGCAGGGAUGGGUCUGAUGAGUUUCACGAGACCUGCCCAGAGCACAAAACAUGCAGCCCUGACCAGUUCAGCUGUGGUGGCCGGUCAAACCGAUGUAUCCCCAAGUCAUGGCAGUGCGAUGACCAAGAAGACUGUGAAAAUGGCUCUGACGAGAAGGACUGCGCUCACAAGCCAUGCGCUUCUGAUGAUCAGUUCCAGUGCCGCAGUGGAAUGUGCAUCUCCCUUGAAUACCUAUGUGAUGGAGAUCACGACUGUGACGACAGCAGCGAUGAAGACAAUUGCCCUGCCCCUACUUGCAAUCCAUCUUUUUUUCAAUGCAAGAACAAUACCCUCUGCAUCCCAAAGUUGUGGACAUGCGAUGGGGAUCCCGACUGUGAAGAUGGCUCCGAUGAGGAAAGCUGUGAAGGGAAGGAGCCAAUCAAGACAGACAAGCCCUGCUCCUCCUUGGAGUUCCACUGCGGCAGUGGCGAGUGUAUACAUAUGAGCUGGAAGUGUGAUGGAGGCUUUGACUGCAAGGACAAAUCUGACGAAAAAGACUGUGAAAAACCGACCUGCGGCCCAGAUCAGUUCCAGUGUACCAGCGGCAAAUGCAUUCAUGGCAGCCGGCAGUGUGACCAACAAUACGACUGUGAUGAUCGAAGUGACGAAAAAGACUGCAUGAAUGUGACAAAAUGCGAUGGUCCCAACAAGUUCAAAUGCUCCAGCGGAGAAUGUAUUAGUAUGGAACGAGUGUGUGACAACGUCGGAGACUGUAGAGACUGGUCAGAUGAACCGAUUAAAGCAUGUGGUGAAAACGAAUGCAUGAAAAAGAAUGGCGGCUGCUCUCAUAUAUGCAAUGACCUCAAGAUUGGAUACGAGUGUUUAUGCCCAGAGGGAUAUCGCUUAGUUGACGGAAGGAAAUGUGAAGAUAUUGAUGAAUGUGCGCUGCCUGAUACCUGCAGCCAAAUCUGCACCAACCUGGACGGAAGCUACAAAUGCGAAUGCUAUGAUGGCUACCAAAUUGAUCCCAUGACUGGGUCCUGCAAGGGCAUUGGAACAGUGGCUUACCUCUUCUUCACCAACCGUCAUGAGGUGCGGAAGAUGACGUUGGACAGGAGCGAGUACACAAGUUUCAUCCCGAGUCUUAAGAAUGUAGUAGCAUUGGAUAUGGAGAUAGCAAGCAAUAAAAUCUACUGGUCUGACCUAUCCCAAAAGAAGAUUUACAGUGCUUUAAUGGACAAGGCUCAUAACUUUUCCCACCACGAGACUGUCAUCGGUAAUGAAAUUCAAGCUCCGGAUGGCAUUGCAGUAGAUUGGGUCCAUGCCAACCUAUACUGGACAGACUCUGCCAUGGGCGCUAUCUCUGUAGCCAAUACUGCUGGCUCCAAGCGAAAAACACUCUUCAGAGAGGGUCUGGCAAAGCCACGAGAUAUCGUGGUGGAUCCCACUAAAGGGUUUAUGUACUGGACCGACUGGGGCUCUCCUGCCAAAAUUGAGAGGGGCGGUCUGAAUGGAGCAGCCAGACAUACUCUGGUUGACAGCGACAUUGAAUGGCCCAAUGGAAUCACACUGGACCUGACCCAUCAGAGACUUUACUGGGUGGACUCCAAGUUGCACACUCUGUCCAGCAUUGACGUGACUGGGGGAAACCGGAGAAUGGUCCUUUCCGACGAGCAUUCCUUAUCUCACCCGUUCGGCCUCACCAUCUUUGAGGACCUGGUUUUCUGGACUGAUAUCGACAAUGAAGCUAUAUUCAGUGCUAACAGGCUGACCGGAGAAGAAAUCAAGAAGGUGGCUGAGGAUCUGUUAUCGCCAGAAGACAUUGUCCUGUAUCACAAUAGGGGACAACCUGAAGCUGAAAACUGGUGCAAUUCUCAUCUUGAAAAUGGAGGCUGUGAAUACAUGUGCCUGCCGGCCCCACAUAUAACUCUGCAUUCUGCCAAGUAUACUUGUGUAUGUCCUGAUGGAGAGCACUUGAGUAAAGACAUGAGGAGCUGUACAAAAGAACCACCAUCUUCAGAUGCACCUGUCACGUCUCCUCCUACCACGACAACAACAACCACUCCAUCUACAACUCUUAGGAGUACAACUCUAGGAAAACUUCUCACCACCCCAUCCAGGAGGCCUUCUACCACUAAACCUGUACAGCCUACAUCAAGGCCGUCAACCACUAGAACAAGCAUGACACAAAGCGCAAAUAGGAACCCUGAUCUGACGACACCAGAACUUAGAAGUACCACAGACUCCCAACCAGCCGGGAAUAAUGAAGUAAAGAUGGAAACGGCAGAAUCUCAUUCACGUUCCAAUGCUAUCUACGCUGUCAUCCCCGUCGUUAUACUGUGCUUGCUUUCGUUCGGUGGCUUCCUCUUGUGGAGAAACUGGAGGUUGAAAAACACCAACACCAUUCACUUUGAUAAUCCAGUAUACCAGAAAACAACAGAGGAAGAUGAGGUUCACAUAUGUCGGAGUCCGGAUGGAUACACCUAUCCUUCUAGACAGAUGGUGAGCUUGGAAGACGACAUUGCUUGAAAUCUUGACCAAACGUGCCUAUCACCAAACUCUGCUGCUUAUCUAUAUCAGGGGCAAAACUGCUAAACCCAAAAAUAUAUCCGUCCGUUCGGCGAUAAGUCUGGAGUUCCUGAGAUUAUUUUUAUACUCCUGUUCAGGGUUUUUUUUUCUUUCUUUUUUUUCACUGUACCAAACAAACCACUGAGCACAGCGGCCAGAGACUGCAGUUACUAUAUUUUUGUGAGAAUUAUUUAUGAAGAUACCUGUGUUGUUGAAGAUGAUGUGCCAUUUUUUUUUUCCUCCCUCGUGCCUCCUAUCUGCAAUGCAAGAACCACUUCUGAUAGGUGAAGGACUAGAAGGCGAGUGAGGGACGGGAAGAGACUGGAGAAAAUAAGUAGAAAUCUACGCACUGGGGGGACUAUGAAGGACCGAAUGUGAUUGAUCCUGCUGGGGUUUACUUUUAUGUUUUGCUUUAAAAAGCACAAAAAAAAAACAUUCUCAAACACUAAAAAGAGUGAAACAUUGAACUGGAGAGAUUUGAGGAGCAGAGUGAAGAAGAAGCUUGUGAGGAAAUGUGGACGUAUCCUCAGGGCGUCAGACGUGUUUACUGCCUUGAGGUUGAUAUCUCGGGGGUCGGGAGUACAACCACUCAUUAUAGGUGCUCUGCCCGAGCUACAAUGUAGCCAUGAAAGGCCACAAAUCACCUAAAGUGCCUAAAUCUACCCACCAUUCGCUUUUGAUCCUCUAUUUCUCUGAAAGCCCAGCCUCCUGUUGCACUUUCUUUGUCUCAAGUGUUCUGUAUAUUGUUAUAUUAUUUCACUUUUUUAGUUUUUUGUCACUUUUUAUUUGCACA